UAUAUCAGAUGCUUACUUUACCGUGAAUCCAACACGCUUUUAUCUGGCGACAACUUGUGAGGUUAAGAGCUGAAGUUAUGGACGUCUCAUCACCCAAGUUGCUCAAUGAGCAAAAGAAGACCAAGAAAAAAAACAAGCGUCGAGGUCCUCGUUUAACGGGAGUCAGCAAACAGCGACGUCUUGCCAACGCACGCGAAAGAUCCCGCGUUCACACGCUGAACGCCAAUAUUGACCGACUUAAAGACAUCAUUCCCUUGUUCCCGGAUGAAAAACCAUCCAAGACUGAAACCAUCAGGAUAGCAGCGUUGUACAUCUCGCAUAUGACGGAGCUGCUUAAUACCACAGAGAAAACAUCUACGUUGGACUUCGAGAGCACAUUCGAUGAAUUAACUUUUCCAACCUUCAAUUUUGACCCUUUUGCUGAUCCCGGAGACCUCAUUGAUCUAUUCUGGGGAGACACAUAAACGCAACACCUCUGGAUUGACUAAGAAGAAGUACGUGGGGUACCUGAUAAAUUUGGUUAGAACACCAUGCUCAUAUAUUUGUAAAUAUUUAAGUCUUAGCAGACACCGCGAGCGGAUGUCUUGUCGUUAAUUUUAAAACGAUGUAGAGUAGGCAACUGGACUGGCUUGAGAAAUUGAAAAAAAUUGUCAUCGUGGCAAGGGCUAAAGACCAUUUUUAUUUA